GCGCAGCGGCGGCCUGGGCAGCGGCGGCGGAGCUGUCGAUGGCCGCUUGUGGUGACUAAAAGCCGCGGCGACAGAGUCCGCCGAGCCCGUCUCGCGAGCCGGCGAGUUGAGUGGCGAACCAUUUUUGAAUAGAUAGUUGCCAUGUUUAGAUAUUAGCAAGCACAUAUGUGUGUGUUUUGAAAAUGGCAGAAGGAAACAGCAAUGAAGAAGUGAUUCAUUUGAACAACUUUCACUGCCACCGGGGACAAGACUGGAUCAAUCUCAGAGAUGGGCCUAUCACUAUAUCUGACUCCUCUGAUGAGGAAGGGGUUCCAAUGCUGGUCACCCCCGCUCCUCAGCAACAUGAUGAAGAGGACCUGGAUGAUGAUGUGAUCCUGACAGAAACAAAUAAACCUCAGACAUCACGACCCAAUCUCAUCAAACCAGCUGCCCAGUGGCAAGAUCUCAAAAGAUUGAGCGAAGAAAGGCCUAAAAUGUCUAGAGCAGCAUUUGAAUCAGAUAAGAACCACUAUUUUUCAGUGUGUAACAGCUCAUUGUUUGAUUCUGGGGCACAGGAUGAUUCUGAAGAUGACUACGGUGCAUUUCUGGAUCUUGGACCUCCUGGAGUUUCUGAAUUCAUUAAGUCAAGUGGCCAAACAGAAAGAGAACCCAAGCCUGGACCAAGUCAUAACCAGCCAGCUAGUGACAUUGUCAACCCCAGACCAGAGCAGAAAAUCAUUAUCUUGGAAGAAAGUAGUCUUCUUUUCCCAGAUAGUGAUCCUUUGGAAACUCAGAACCAGUCAUCAGAAGACUCAGAGACAGAGCUUUUGUCAAAUCUCGGAGAAUCAACUGCUAUCAUAGAUGAUCAGACUAUAGAAGAAGACUGCUGGCUAGACCAUCCUUACUUCCAGUCUCUAAACCAACAGCCCAGGGAGAUAACAAACCAGGUUGUUCCUCAGGAGCGGCAGCCUGAAGCAAACCUGGGUCCAUUGUUGUAUCAACGUGAACUUCCAGGGCCAGCUUUUCCAAGACCUGCUUUUCCAAGACCAGAACCCCAGCAGGAUAGGAUUCCAGGGCCCUCUUCUCCUCAGCCUGCCCAUCCCCUCGAAGAGCUCGAAGACCAACAACUUGCAAUAGAUGAUGAAGAGCCAGGUCCAGCCUUUCCAAUGCCAGGAUCUCAGGAGGCCAAUUUGGAAAACCUUUGGGGACAAGAAGCUACUGAAAUAGAUCAAGAACUCAUUGCACUAUUAGUGAAAGAAACAGAAGCAAGAUUUCCAGAUGUAGCAAAUGGGUAUAUAGAGGAAAUAAUUCAUUUGAAGAAUUAUUAUGAUUUAAAUGUACUCUGUAAUUUUCUUCUGGAAAAUCCAGAUUAUCCAAAGAGAGAAGAUAGAGUCAUUAUCAACCCCAGUAGCAGCCUGCUUGCCAGCCAAGAUGAGACAAAGUUGCCUAAAAUAGACUUUUUUGACUAUUCUAAAUUGGCUCCUCUUGACCAGCGCUGCUUCAUCCAAGCUGCUGACCUUCUGAUGGCCGACUUCAAAAUGCUCAGCAGUCAGGACAUCAAGUGGGCCCUGCAUGAGCUCAAGGGACACUAUGCAAUCACCCGAAAGGCCUUUUCUGAUGCCAUUAAGAAAUGGCAGGAACUAUCACCAGAAACCAGUGGAAAAAGAAAAAAGAGAAAAGAAAUGAAUCAGUAUUCUUACAUAGAUUUCAAAUUUGAACAAGGUGACAUAAAAAUAGAAAAAAGGAUGUUUUUUCUGGAAAAUAAACGGCGACAUUGUAGAUCCUAUGACCGGCGUGCCCUCCUACCAGCUGUGCAGCAGGAACAGGAGUUCUAUGAGCAGAAAGUCAAAGAGAUGGCAGAGCAUGAAGACUUUUUGCUUGCCCUGCAGAUGAAUGAGGAACAGUAUCAAAAGGAUGGCCAGUUGAUUGAGUGCCGCUGCUGCUAUGGGGAAUUUCCAUUUGAGGAGCUUACACAGUGUGCAGAUGCGCACUUGUUCUGCAAAGAGUGCCUCAUCAGAUAUGCCCAGGAGGCAGUGUUUGGAUCUGGAAAGUCAGAGCUCAGCUGCAUGGAAGGCAGCUGCACAUGUUCAUUUCCAACCAGUGAACUGGAAAAGGUGCUUCCCCAGACCAUCUUGUAUAAAUACUAUGAGCGAAAAGCCGAAGAAGAAGUUGCUGCAGCCUACGCUGAUGAGCUUGUCAGGUGCCCCUCCUGUAGCUUUCCUGCUUUGUUGGAUAGUGAUGUGAAGAGGUUCAGUUGUCCUAAUCCUCGCUGCCGAAAGGAAACCUGUAGGAAGUGUCAGGGACUCUGGAAAGAGCACAAUGGACUCACCUGUGAGGAACUAGCUGAAAAAGAUGACAUCAAGUACCGAACAUCUAUUGAGGAAAAAAUGACUGCUGCCCGUAUUAGGAAAUGCCACAAGUGUGGGACUGGCCUCAUCAAAUCUGAAGGCUGCAAUCGAAUGUCCUGCCGCUGUGGUGCCCAAAUGUGCUACCUCUGCCGAGUGUCUAUCAAUGGGUAUGACCAUUUUUGCCAGCACCCUCGCUCUCCAGGAGCCCCUUGCCAGGAGUGCUCAAGAUGCUCUCUUUGGACCGACCCCACUGAAGAUGAUGAGAAGCUAAUUGAGGAAAUCCAGAAGGAAGCUGAAGAGGAACAGAAAAGAAAGAAUGGAGAAAACACCUUCAAGCGCAUCGGGCCUCCCUUGGAGAAACCUCCAGAGAAAGUUCAGCGGAUCGAGGCCCUGCCAAGGCCUGUCCCACAGAACCUGCACCAGCCACGCAUGCCGCCCUAUGCCUUCGUGCACCCACCCUUCCCCCUACCGCCUGUCCGGCCCAUGUUCAACAACUUCCCCCUCAACAUGGGCCCCAUCCCAGCACCCUAUGUGCCCCCUCUCCCCAAUGUACGUGUCAACUAUGACUUCGCCCCUGUCCAUGUGCCCCUGGAGCACAACCUGCCCAUGCACUUUGGCCCUCAGCCGAGGCAUCGCUUCUGACGGCCAGGAGCCUAUGGGGGUCUGUGUCCCCACUAAGUAGCCUGAGCCUUUGCGGGUCAGGGCUUGGCUAGACCUCCCUUCACCUCCAGGCUCACGACUCUUCCCAUGCCUUCUAAGUAGGAGUGACAGACUCAGCCCAAAAGGAUAGGUCGGUUUUCUUCCGCUUCUUCCUGGGAAGGGCCACUGCCCCUUUAAGAUUGGCCAGCAGACCAACACUCUCCGAGUGCCCAUAGCACGAUGGGCCUGGUGCACACCAGGCCAGAGAUAAGAGACAGCAAAAAUCCUCUUCCUAAAGAGUCCUGCCAUCCUGGCCACCCGUGCUGACACCAGAAUUCCCUCAGUAACAAACCACGUAGGCCUUCCUUACCACAGCACAGCCUGGUCUGUAAUAAACCUGAAGUAGCAACUAGUGCAGUUUGGAGAGAACUGAGAGGUCUGAACAGUGUUGUGCAGUGAGCUCUUCAGCCACCCCUUGGCACUGAGGCCCACCUAGAAUGAGUUGUGCCCUCUGCUCUGAGCCAGGCAAGCACCUGCAUGAGGGGUUCAGGACCUUCUGCCCUUCAUGCCUUCUCUGGGUGCUGGCCCCUUAAAGACUCUCUGUUGGUCCAAAUAGGCGGCGGAGCAGUGUCCACGGGCCAGGGACACUGCUCCCCUGCUCCUGCAAGUCCAGAACCUCAGGCUGCCAUGAUAGUGAGGGUCCUUUUCCUCUUCCCUCUUGAGCCACUCAGACGAGCCCACAGAGCCAUCUCAUGCUAUGGGCUCUGUCUGUAGUUUAAAGAAAUGUUUGCUGUUUACUUAACUUGGAAUUUAGCUAGCUUUCCACAGCCUACUCGAGUUUUCUCCCUCAGGCUAAGAAGUCUGUUCACCUAGACCAGGCAGCUCAUGAGGGCAGGAUGGUUCUGAAACUUUGGUCGAACAGAAGGUCCUUUAGAGGUAGCUGUGACAGUGGCCUGGCGGCUCUCCCAUGAGCCCAGUUGUUGGGGAGCCUGCUCUGCUACCAAUCAGGUAAUAAACAGCUCCCCUCGGCUCUUGUGGGGGCAGUAGAUUUCCCCGGGAGGGACAAGCAACCUUGAAUGCCACUUCAUCGGCCGUGUGCUCAGCACUACAUACGCAGCGUCCCCGCUGCCACCCACGUGUAUGAAUGCCGUUGAGGGUCAGCGCUGGAGUCUGAGGACAAGUGUCUGAGUGGAAGAAAAGGCCUCCCCUUCCUUCUGCCCUCAUAGUCUCAGUCUUAAUGACAAAGGCAGGUGGAGGAGGCUGACUCCCUGGGACUGCAGGUGUGGGGGCAGCUCCCCUCCCAGCUGCCCUUUCCAGCAGUCAGGUGAUUCUGGGCCUACAUGUGUUGCCACCUUUCCAGCCCCAACGGGUGUUUGAACCACACUGGAGGCUUCUCCCUGCCCCAGACUUCCCUCUGCGGUACUUUGUGCUCCUGCCCGUGUGCAGAGCAGGGGCUUCUGCUGGGAAAGGACCUCCCUGACCCUCUUCUGUUGCCUCUGUACCUGAUGCUGUUUCUCCGAUGACUGGGUUCCCAGAAGUGGCCCGGUGCCCUGUCACUGUGUCCCGCUCUCCUCCAACAGGAGCCUGCCUGCUCCUGUGGGGGCUGUCCCCUGGCUGAGCACCCCAGGAUGCAGUCACACAUUGUUUCAGCUUCUCAGAUGUCUGAGAGCUGGAAUAGGGAAAAUCUGCUCAACUGUCCAUCCUGCCUUGGCUCCGGGUGAGUGCUUUGAGACAGGCAGUCAUUUGGGCAUGAAGCAGCCAUGCGAGAGUAUGCUUAUGUCCAGUCCCUGCUGCCGGUUCCUCUCAGUUGGGCUGCCAGCCUGCUUGGGGGGCCUUGUAGAGUGGCAGAGUUGCUUCCUUCAAGUAAUUUAACAGCGUACUCCUGUGCUGCCCCAAGAGGGAGUCUUAGAGCAGUGAGCCAGCAGCAGUUAUCCUCAGAUGGAGGGUGACCCCAAGUGUGGUCCACUUGUCCCACCAUGACAGCACUCACUGUUAGGCCUCGGCCUCCUGAGCUGAUCGAUCUCUCAAAGGAACCCAGUUCCACCUCUGCCCUGCAACCAGGGUGUGUCACUCCAUGGGGACCUGGGCGGUGUAAGGACAGACCCCGACAGGACAGACAUGCCCCUGACACUGCCAUCCGUAAAGUGGGAAGGAGGAGGAGGCCAGAAUAUUGCUCCUGACCCCAGCCCUCCUCACAGGCCAAACCAAGGACUUGUGCUUCGAGUGUGAGCCACACACAGCCUCUUGGGGACGGUUCCAGCCUUUCCAAACCAGAGGCGUCUGAACUUCUCUCCUCCACCAGGCUGAGGCAGCUCACAGGUCUGCAGACAGCACGUCACAGAGGGAAAGUCAUAGCCAAGAGUUCGGAUACUAGCAUAAGUCCACGUGUGUGCAGGAUGACCCUCCAGGUGCCUCAGCAUUCCAGGGGCAGGACGUGGGCUCUGGGUUCUCGGCAAGCCAGCCUUGCUAGUGAUGGGGUUUAAUGGGCUGAGAAGCCAUCAGGUGGCUGCAAAACAGAAAUGACAGGAGGCCUGGAGCAAUCAGCCCCUGUCUAGGGCACCAAGGCAGCCUGGCACCUCCCCCCGGCUGCAGUGCUGGCUCCCCAGAGCAAGACUGCCCAGCGACAGUCCCCUUCUACUUGCCUUAAAACUGGAGAGAGGAAUCUAGUAUUUGCACUGAGCAAAGAAUUUCAACACUUAAAACGAUGUGCAUGACCUGUCACUUUGUAUUAAAAUAGCAAAAUGAUUAGUUUAUCGAAUUUUUUUCUUUACCUUCUGGUAGUAAAAAUACAUAAAAUAAUUGUUUAAACUACUGUGUGUAAAAAGCUUGUAUUAUAUGUAACUUUGACUUUUGUAAAUAAAUGUUUGUG